ACGAGCAACCGCUGCCAUUAAUACUGGGGGCCGAAGCCCUGAAGCCGUCGCAGGGACGUGCCGCCGCCCACCUGAAGAUUCCUGGCUUUGAGGCGCUGUCACCGCCGCCUUUCCCUCAGGCAGGUUGGCUGAACAAGGUUUGGAUGAAUGUAUGUACCACUGGAACCAAGGUCCACAGUGAAUUUUUAAGUUUUCAUCCAACUUUCUGUCAAGUAUAUUGAAGGUGCAUCUUUGUUAGAGGUUAUACGGUUUCAUGAAGAGAAGUGAGAAGCCCGAAGGAUAUAGACAAAUGAGGCCUAAAACUUUUCCUGCCAGUAAUUACACUGGCAGCAGUCGGCAAAUGUUGCAAGAAAUUCGAGAGAGCCUUAGAAACUUGCCGAAGCCCUCUGAUGUUGUAAAAGUUGAGCAAAAUAUGGGUAAAAUGUCAACUGAAGAUCCUAGACAAGGUCGAAAUCCCCCUAAGUUUGUGACCUACCAUAAAGCUUUGCAAGAAAUCCGAAAUUCUCUGCUUCCUUUUGCAAAUGAAACAAGUUCUUCAGCAAGAGGAACAUCAGAAGUGAAUCGGCAGAUGUUGCAAGAUCUACAAGCUGCUGGAUUUGAUGAGGAUAUGGUUGUACAAGCUCUAAGGCAAACCAACAGCCGCAGCAUAGAAGCAGCAAUUGAAUUCAUAAGUAAAAUGAGUUACCAAGAUUCUCGGCGUGAACAAAUGGCAGCGGCAGCGGCUAGACCAAUUAAUGCAGGCACAAAACCACCAGAAGCAGGAGGAGUACAACAAUCGGUUAACCGCAGACAGAGCUGGAAAGGUUCUAAAGAAUCCUUGGUACCCCAGAGACAUGGCCCUGCAUUGGGAGAUGGUCUUGGUUUUCAUUCCGAAAGCCCUAUUUCUCAGGCUGAUGUAGGAAGACCCUUAUCUGGUUCUGGAAUAGCAGCAUUUGUACAGGCUCAUCCUGGCAAUGGUCAAAGAGUGAAUCCACCACCUCCUCCUCAAGUAAGGAGUGUUACCCCACCACCACCACCUCCCAGAGGAACGACUCCACCUCCCAGAGGAACAACUCCACCUCCCUCUUCUUGGGAAACAAAUUCUCAAACAAAGCGGUAUUCUGGUAGCAUGGAAUAUAUGAUCUCUCGCAUUUCUCCAGUACCACCAGGAGCAUGGCAGGAUGGCUAUCCUCCCCAACCUAUGAAUCCAUCAUCUAUGAAUCCUCCUACACAGGGACAAAGAGGCAUUAGCUCUGUUCCUGUUGGCAGACAACCAAUAAUCAUGCAGAGUUCAGUUAACAGCAAAUUUAGUUUUUCCUCUGGAAGGGCUGGAAUACAAAAUGGCAAUUGUCAGACUGAUUUUAUUGUUCAUCAAAAUAUUGUGCCUGGAAAUUCAGCAAAUCGUCAACCGCCUCCUUACUCAAUGUCUCAGACAAACCGACAAAGUCCAACACCUUUACAGAUGCAAGCAGGAGGACCUGUAGCCCCUUCAACAUAUCCUAAUGGGAAUAUUCCACAAUCUAUGAUGGUCCCAAACAGAAACAGCCACAAUAUGGAACUGUACAAUAUAAAUGCUCCUGGAAUUCCAACGUCCUGGCCCCAGUCAUCAUCUGGCAAUGGACAUGAAAUCCCAACGUGGCAAUCCAAUAUUCCAGUAAGGUCAAAUUCCUUCAAUAACCCUCUUGGAAACAGACAAAGUCAUGCUACUAAUACACAACCUUCUGCCACCACAGUAACUGCUGUUACUCCUGCUCCUAUACAGCAGCCAGUAAAAAGCAUGCGUGUAUUAAAACCAGAGCUGCAAACUGCCUUGGCUCCUACUCACCCUUCUUGGAUUUCACAACCAAUGCAAGCUGUCCAGCCCAUCUCCUUUUCUGAGGGACCAGGCGCCAAUAUGACAGUCAUGUCACCUACAGCAGAGGCUCCAAAUUAUCAAGGUCCACCACCACCUUAUCCAAAGCAUCUUUUACACCCAAAUUCAUCUGUUACACCGUAUGAAUCUGUGGCAAAGCCUGGCAAAGAAGAUCAGUCCAGUUUCCGUAAAGAAGAAGAGAGUGAAAAGAAUGAGAGCAGUGAGACAAUGGAUAGAGAAAAGAAGCAAAUAACAACCUCACCUGUCCCUGUUAGAAAAAAUAAGAGAGAUGAAGAAAGAAGAGAGUCCCGCAUUCAGAGCUAUUCUCCUCAGGCUUUUAAGUUCUUUAUGGAGCAGCAUGUGGAAAAUAUACUGAAAUCCCAUCAACAACGGCUGCAUCGUAAGAAACAACUAGAAAACGAAAUGAUGCGGGUUGGAUUAUCCCAAGAGGCCCAGGAUCAAAUGAGGAAAAUGCUGUGCCAAAAGGAGUCCAACUAUAUCCGUCUCAAAAGGGCUAAAAUGGAUAAAUCAAUGUUUGUUAAAAUUAAGACCCUUGGAAUUGGGGCAUUUGGUGAAGUCUGCUUAGCAAGAAAGGUGGAUACAAAUGCCUUAUAUGCAACAAAAACUCUACGGAAAAAAGAUGUAUUGCUUCGGAACCAGGUUGCUCAUGUUAAAGCUGAGCGGGAUAUCCUUGCAGAGGCUGAUAAUGAGUGGGUAGUUCGUUUGUACUAUUCAUUCCAAGAUAAGGACAAUUUGUACUUCGUAAUGGACUAUAUUCCAGGAGGAGAUAUGAUGAGCCUGUUAAUUCGAAUGGGGGUCUUCCCAGAAAAUAUGGCCCGGUUCUACAUAGCAGAACUGACCUGCGCAGUUGAAAGUGUUCAUAAGAUGGGCUUCAUUCAUAGGGACAUAAAACCUGAUAACAUUCUAAUUGAUCGUGAUGGCCACAUCAAAUUGACUGACUUUGGGCUUUGUACUGGCUUUCGGUGGACACAUGAUUCCAAAUACUACCAGAGUGGUGAUCACCCACGUCAGGACAGCAUGGAUUUCAGUAAUGAAUGGGGUGAUCCAGCAAGCUGUAGAUGUGGAGACAGGCUAAAGCCACUUGAACGUAGAGCAGCACGUCAGCACCAACGCUGUCUAGCGCAUUCACUUGUUGGAACGCCGAAUUAUAUUGCACCAGAAGUAUUGUUACGGACAGGAUAUACACAGCUGUGUGACUGGUGGAGUGUUGGGGUGAUUCUUUUUGAAAUGUUAGUGGGACAGCCUCCUUUCCUAGCACAAACACCACUGGAAACACAGAUGAAAGUUAUCAAUUGGAAAACAGCCCUGCAUAUCCCACUGCAAGCACAAUUAACUCCAGAGGCAUCUGAUCUUAUUAUAAAGCUCUGUCGAGGGCCAGAAGACCGCUUAGGCAAGAAUGGCGCAGAUGAAAUAAAAGCACAUCCAUUUUUUAGAUCGAUUGAUUUUUCAAGUGAUCUGCGGCAGCAGCCUGCUUCCUACAUUCCUAAAAUUACACAUCCCACAGACACAUCAAAUUUUGAUCCGAUUGACCCUGAUAAAUUAUGGAGUGAGGAUAAGGAAGGGAAUGUAAAUGACACACUUAAUGGGUGGUAUAAAAAUGGCAAACAUCCUGAACAUGCUUUUUAUGAAUUCACAUUUCGAAGGUUUUUUGAUGACAAUGGGUACCCGUACAGCUAUCCAAAGCCUAUUGAAUAUGAAUACAAUAAUCCUCAUAGAUUGGAGUCGCAGUCUGAUGAAGAUGAUGAGAGGACCAGUAGAGAGGUCCAAAAUCGUGAUCUAGUUUAUAUCUAGUAGAGAAGAUGAAAUUGAACCAUCCUUUGGGAUAUCUUGGAUCUAUGCUGCAAGAAAACAUGAGAUACUAUUGGAAAGCUAAUUUUGUGCACAUGUGAGGUGGAGAGAAAGGAAGCUUGAUCAUUGUUGGUCCAAUCUUUUUCCACUAACUUUUCUCCCCAUCAAAAUCAAGUCCUUUUUCAAACAUUAAUUUAUUCCAGCAUUGUUAGUAAUUAAUAUAGAAACAGUAAUGUUAGGAAAAUAAAUUAUAAAAUUAAGCUUUCUGUAAAGUGUUAAGUAGGAAAUAGUGACUUCCUUAGGAAAUGAAAUGCUCGUCUAUUUGUACAUAGACUAUAAACAUUUUCAUUCCAGAAUUUUGCAGUGGUAUUUUUCCCUUGCAUUGACCAAAUACUAUACGUACCUUGUAUUUACUAAGCUGGCAAAUGCUUUGUCUGGCUGCUCACCUUACUACAUUCCACUAUAAAUGAGACUAGAGAGAGUAAACUGAUCUGCUAGUGAUUCCAGCUUUGAAACAAGGAAGUGUAUGGCUUCAAUCCCAAAUUCACUAGUGAGUCAACAUUGUUGAGCUUCUGAGUAAAAAUGGAUAGGAUCGCAUUAUUUUGACAGUAAAUGAUGUCCAUAUAUUGCUUAUUAUUUUAAUUUUGCUUAAUAGUUUGCAAAGCAUAACUAGAUUUGUGGUGCUCUGCAAUAACACAACUGGGGGGGGUGGAGUGGGGGAUGAAGUGAUAUUGGCCUAUCACAAAAUGACAUCCUUAAAUAUUGAACGUUGUUGUUGUUGUUGUUGUUGUUGGUUGCCCUCAUCCUGUAACUUCUGGAAAUGUUUCGGCUCCUGUGAUACUUAGUUGCUAAGAUCUCUUACACUAUCCAGCAUUAAUCAGUGAGAUAUGUCAUAGUUAGGCUAUCUGUAAUUCAUUACUACUGUUCUGGGGCUGUAUCAUUCUGAUCCAAAGGCCUUAUUUGUAAAACAGGUGGUUUUACCCUGUGUUCCUGUAUUAACUGUUUUGGAACGAACUCAUACCCCUGCUUAGUCCGGAUUAAGUAUAUCUUACUCUCUCCUGUAAACUGAUUCUGUUACACCUUUGAAGUUGCAACUCCUUGUAUCUGUAUCAGAAGCAUAAGAUUCUAAAUCCUGUUUGUUGUGUUAUUCAGGCAAUUUCUAUAUAGAUCUGCUUGCAUCUUGACAAAGCCAGAAUUCUUGUCACUUGAAAUGUUCCUAUUGCAGGAAACUUCUACCUGCAAAGCCUGUAGUUACUUCAAAUCAUUAAGCAAGAUAAAUAGCUACUUUGAAGUAAAGGGAAAACUGCAGAUCUUUUGCUUGUGUGCUUUUAAAUGCAGUUUUCUAAAAAAAAAAAAAUCUAACAUAGAGAUGCACAAAUAAUUAACUUUUUGAGCUGCCCUUUUAAGCCCAUAUGCAAGCAUUCCUGAUCCUGAAGAAUUAGCAAGCUCAACAUCCUAAAUUUUCGAUCAUAGUAUGUAUAUAAUUCUAGGGUUCUAAAAAAUAAUGUGUGUUUUGAAAAUCUCCUUCUUUGCUUAUUCCUUUGCAAUGAGUUAUUUAUUAUUUAUUGUUAUGCUUAUGUCCUGUUUUUUCACUGAAAAAGACAGAGUGGCUCACCAGUAGCUUCCAAGUAACCUCCCAUUCAGAUGACUUUUUAGGGCCAAACCUGCUUAGUUUGAGCAGUAAAACUGCAUCAUACUUCUUCAGACUAUUCUCUGAGUGGUUUGUCUUUUGAUCAGGUAUUGAUGUGAAAACAUACAGUUUUUUAAAAAAGUGCUUAGUGCUUUGUAGACUAAUGCAAAAUGCCCAAGUAUGUACCUGUCUUCAAGUAGUCUAUUGUUACAACACCUCCACCAUCAAAGUUCUGUUUCAUGCAUUGGCCCCAAAUAGAUGUCCUACAUGACUCAUGUACCCUCUUGUGGUGUAUGUAGAGCUAUUAGUGUGAACCAGGGCAUCUUAUUCAUGCUCAGUUCUGCACACAGUCAGAUUGUUUUACAAUACUUGGGAGUAAGACUUAAGUUUUAUGUAUGGAGCCAAAGUGUGAACCAGAAUAUUUAACUUUAGCAUUAUAAAGAAGGAUGCAGUGUACAGUUAUUCUUUUUAGAUCUGUUUUUGUAAAAUAAGUCCAAUUUUAAAGAGUAUUUUGAGGGUUCCUUGAUUAAAAUUUAGGUGUUCCAGUUAAACUGGCAACUUUAUUAUAUUUUCCUGCAAUAAAAUAUAAUAUAUUCCUGGUUAAAGCCAGAUUAAUCUAUUUGCAGGUAAGUACUUCACUAAAUUGCUUUGUAACUUUCAAAACAGAAUUUUCAUCAUCUAAAUUCAUUGAGUGCAAUCAAUUAAAAUUAAGCACACAUUAUAACAAGAUCAAUAUGUUUUAAGUGCACAGGAGGUAAGCAUUUGAGGCCCAUAAAUUACCAAUGGAACUUGAGCAAACUUAGCUUUUCUGGAUUAUGCCUAUUUUGAGGAGUAGUGAUUUAAUGUUCACAAAUGUAUAUCCCAAAUAAUUUUAAUUAAGCUUGUUAGUAUUUAUAUGCAGAGAGAUAAUGUAUGUGAUGUAAGUCUGUCAUUUGAAACAUUUAAAAAAUAAAAUUCUGCCUCAUGUUUUCUCUACUGGCCAUCCAAAACAUUGAAGUGAAUGGUAUUCUUUUAUGGUGAAGGAGGGUGCUAAACUAAAAUAAGUAAAUUUCAGAUCUUCAGAGGCUUCAGAUGUAGAAUACUUGAGUUCCCAUUUUUAUUUUGUAUACUCAUACCUUUGGUGAACCUACCCUUUUUCAGUUGUCAGUCUGUUUCAAAGUAAUCUCUAGUGUGCAUUCAGGAUCUAUUGUCAUCUGUACAACCUAUUUUUUCUGUGUCGAUGUUUCAAGUCUUCUGUGUGUUUUUUAAUUUUGCAGUAUGUUCAGAUUGCAGUUGGGAUGAAACACAACAGAAAAAAAAUACAAAAUCACUCCACAUUUAGUUUCAGAAUAAGCUGUUUUCACUUAAAUUUAAACAUCAAUGCUUUCCUCUUCCAUAUAUACAUAUGCACAGUAUUUAUACAUGUUCUAUAACCAUGUAAUUGUAUUGUAAAUACUGUUGUACUGUUCAGUUAAUUUCUAUCCUAGGGCAGGCCCUCUUGCUGGAUCUUUUUUUACCUUAUUUGUAACAGAACCUAUAGAAUGUAUGACUAAAACUUCUUUUUAGACAUAAAAAAAUCUGCUGUCGCACUGUGCAAAGCUGUGAUGGAGAAUGGUUCUUUGAACUUUGUUGAUACUGUACAUCUGGUAGAGAAUGCAGUGUGAAUGGGUUAAUAGAUGCUGCUGCUGUUACCCAAGGUACCAAUUAAGUUUUGGCUGCAAAUAUCUCUGGUAUUUGAAAUGAGACAUUAUUUGCUUUAAUACAAGCAAAGCAAUGCUGGGUCAACAUCUGAUAUUAAAAUUUUGGAGCAAUUUAUGGCUGCAAUCCUGUACUCAUUAACUGGGGAGUAAGUCCUAUUGAGCUCAGUGGGUCUUACUUCUGAGUAGACAUGUAUAGGAUUACUGUGUAAGAGAUCUUCCUGUGAAAGGCACUAUUCAAGUUUACUUUUAUAUUGCAUUUUGUAUAUAUGCCUUUUAUACUGCAAACACACUGCUGAUAAACAUACUUUUAUAAAAGAAACAAACAGUAGCUUGAAAUAAGUGCCUUCUCAAACAAUAUAACGGAAUCAUCUGCAUAUUUCUGCAUGUAAUAACUAUUUGGUAAUCUGUUAAAUUCCUUGAGUGUCUUACGGAUUUCUUUCCAAUUUUAAAUCAGUUUUCUCUAGUGUACCAUUUGCUGGGAUAAUAAAAUUUAAAUUCAAUGAAUAA